AUGACUCGACAUAAUCUUCAAAGUCAUAUUUCUUGGUUGAUUCAAAACAAAGUCACUAUCCCCGCUGGAGUCCAAAUUGCUACAUUUGCAGAUACGAUUGAACCAGGAUUCGCGAAUUUAGAGGGUUUCGAAGGGGAAGGUAUCGCACACGAAGUAAGAAACACACCAAUUGCUCCGAUUCGAAAUCGCCGAGUCGAGGAAAUCUCCAAUGUUGUGGCGAAUUCACACCCACCACGUCCUCGUAUACUUACUUCGAUAACACAAUCUACACCAGUGCCUGGGGAUGAAUUGGCAGAUCCGGAAAUGGGAAAACUCACAUCUGCGCGAAAGACGACUAGGCCAAGUCUCAUAAGUCAAAAUCAACAACUUGGAACCCCUUCCUCCACGGCCAGCUCCUCCCUUACAAGAAGCUAUAAGCUACAAUGUAAUGAAAAUGGUACUCCUUCCAGACCCAUAUCUACAAGAGAACCGAGAGGUCUAACACCUCGCCCAGCUCCGUUGCCGAGAAACAGAGUCAAUUUUGCCAAUGUGGAAUCAAUAGAUCUGACCGGGGACGAUCUGAUUGGAGCUCCUAUCGUAAAUUCAUCUAGCACAGUGGAAGCCUUUGAAGAUGCUUCUGUUACUUUGUGGGAUGAGAGGUCAGCAUCCAGACCGGAACCUUUGAAGCGGGCGAAGAAACGGAAGAGUGAGGAAUUAUCUAUGUUACAGUCUCCCCGAAAAUCUAAAAAAGUACCAGUACACGCAACAGAACUGCAAGACGAGCAACACGAUUUCUUUAUGGACAUCGACGAACUAGAAAUGCCAGGGCCAUCAUUUCGAGAUACCCUUCCCGACUCUCAACGAACAAUUGUCCCACGCAAAACAGUAGAAGAAUACCCUGAUCUGGGUUUAUUGGAAGAGGUUGAUAUGGUCGGAGACAUUAUUUCUCGAGGCGAACGUGCGAAAUCUAAGAUUCGAAGCCGGCAAAAUUCGGAGGACAUUGUUAUGGACAGAAGACCAACACGAGGACCGACCCCUGUUCCCACGAUCAGUUCUCAGAAACGUGUUACACCUCUUUAUGUGCGACAUGUUUCGCCAGUUCAAGUACAAGCGUCUCCUGCUAUUAGAGGUCGUGAACAGCGAGCAACGAGAACCCCGUCACCCCUGAAAUUUCGUAGGCUUAAGAACGAAAUUUUUGACUCUGAAGACGACGACAUUCCGUCAGAGGUCGAGGCAAGAGUAAGCUGCUCGCCUUGCCCACCAUCGAUAAAAAUAUCGGAAGGAAUCCAUAGUACGCCAGACAAUCAUGCAGCACCCAAAAUUCAAAUGCACGAGAACAGUGAAGUAACUCCCGCCAAGAAGAGAUUUACUAGCCCACUACAUCCGAUAUCACAAAAUGCAUCAUUCUGCCAGGAGAACGAGCCAUCUCCUUUCCAACGGGAUUCUCCUACAAAGUAUAUGGCUUCACAGACUUUACCUCAACGAGAUUCGAGUCAGGCCUCAGCAAUGUCUUUGGGCUUCGAAGAAAAAAGAAUUGUGAGCUUGUAUCUGAAGAAUCCAUCGGCACUUACGCUUUUUCAGGAACACCUCGACAAUCUUCUCAAUCAAAAUUUUGAGGCACUUCAAGUCUAUCUUGAGGAUGGUGAGCAUCCUCCGGCGGAAAUAGUAGCCGAGCGAAAAUCUAUGCUGGACCAGAAAAAGGCCUUCGAAGCUCUGGCGGAAAAUUUGCAAGGACUGCAGGAUCUCGCUUCAAAAACAACUGCUGCCUUACACAGUUUAUAUAUCCAAGGCGAAGAUAAUGGAGAGUCUGAGGUGCUGACCAGUGAACUUUUGGAGAAGAAGAAAGAAUGUUGGCGUUUACUAGAUGCUUCUGGCGCAAUGAACUACGGUUUCGGGGCUAUCCAGUCUACAAGGACUCCGCUUUCUACCCAUACUUCGAGUGCGGGUGCAGGUGGACAAGUCGUUCUACAGACCCAGAUUCCAUCUCUUUCGCAUCAAUCAUCAGGCGCAACGAGAUGCUCUACGCAAGAGCGCACACCAUCUAAAUAUCAGAAUCCUGGCAGGUCGAGGGAACAAGUGUCUCGUUAUGCUCCACCAUCUUCUAUGAGAAAUAUGUCGCCUGUCAGAUCAAUGAUUUCUGCCAUUAACUACUCAAGGCCUGAUAAUUCCGUCAAAAGGCCGGAUUUUUAUAGAGAACCUUCGCCGACAGACUACGGUGCUGACGAUGACUUUCUCAUGCUGCUUGAAGACGAGGAGGAUUUUACGAAGGGGACUAAAGUAGAUAACGAGCAAUUUGAGGAGAAUUUGGCGGAGGCAGAGGAAGAGUAUGGGGAUUUCGAUGAUGAUGACGAUGAAGCUAUUCUUAAUUUGACACAUCAAGUUGAGCAAAGUAACUCUUUCAAGCCAUCUUCAAUGAAAUCAUCCCUCAACGCAUCAUUUCAAGACGCAUCACGAGACCCAUCGAGAAGUUCAAAGCGUGGUAGCCUGAAGUCAGACAGACCGAAAGAUAUGUAUUCAGUUGUGGACUCUUCACGGACAGAUAUGUAUAGUUAUGCGUGGUCUAAUGAUGUCAAAAAGGCACUAAAGGAUCGUUUUCGCUUAAAAGGCUUUCGACAUAACCAGCUGGAAGCAAUCAAUGCUACCCUAGCUGGGCGUGAUGCAUUCAUAUUGAUGCCAACUGGUGGCGGAAAAUCUCUAUGUUAUCAAUUGCCUGCAAUUGUACAAUCGGGCAAAACGAAGGGCGUUACAAUUGUGGUUUCUCCUCUUUUGGCACUUAUGCAUGAUCAGGUAGAUCACCUCCACAAACUUCGCAUUCAGGCAUAUCUGUUCAAUAGUGAAUCAACUCCAGAGACAAGACAACAAUUGUUCAAUGGCUUAAAUGAAAGGAAGCCAGAACAAUUUGUCGAGUUGCUAUACGUCACCCCAGAGAUGAUUAGCAAAAGCAAUGCUAUCCAGUCAAGAUUGGAUGAUCUCUAUGCCAAGAAACGACUUGCUCGCAUUGUUAUAGACGAGGCUCAUUGUGUGAGCCAAUGGGGUCACGACUUCCGACCAGACUAUAAAAAUCUUCACGAGCUUCGCGAGAGAUAUCCCGGUGUGCCAUUUAUUGCAUUGACUGCCACUGCAACAGAAAGAGUAAAGAAGGAUGUGAUUCACAACCUUGGGAUGCAAAAUUGUGAGCAAUUAAAACAAAGUUUCAAUCGACCUAAUAUUUACUACGAGGUUCGACGUAAAACAGGCAAAGGGUCGACGGCGGCAAUGUUUAGCGAGAUAACCAAAAUGCUUUCUGUCGACUACAAAAACCAGAGCGGAAUUAUAUACUGCCUCUCUCGUGACAAUUGCGAAGAGGUGGCUAAAAAGUUACGGGAGCAAGGGAUCAAAGCACAUCAUUUCCAUGCUCAUAUGACGCCCGAAGAAAAGAAAGAUACCCAACACAAGUGGCAAAUAGGAAGUAUCCAAGUCGUGGUUGCAACGAUUGCCUUUGGUAUGGGCAUUGACAAACAAAAUGUGAGGUUUGUCAUCCACUAUUGCCUUCCCAAAACUUUGGAAGGCUAUUACCAGGAAACUGGUCGAGCUGGCCGAGAUGGCAAACCGGCUGCGUGUUUCCUCUACUACGGGUUUCAAGAUAGUCAAAUCUAUAAAAAGAUGAUUGAGAAAGGAGAAGGUGGGCCAGAUGUCAAAAACGAGCAGCGUCAAAUGUUGGAAGCUAUGGUACGAUUUUGUGACAAUCGCAUUGAUUGUCGCCGAGUACAGCUACUGCGGUACUUUGGUGAGACUUUCAAGAGGGAAGAUUGUGGUAAUUGUGAUACAUGCAAUUCCAAUGACACUUACGAAGAACGCGAUUUUAGUAGCGAGGCCCGGAAAGUAAUCAGUCUGGUUGGUAAAGUUCAGGGCAAUUUUGCCAUUGGCCAUUUUUCAGCUGUGUUGGAAGGCAAGGCAUUAGCAAAGAUUAAAUCCGAAAACCAUCACGAACUUGAUGAGUUUGGCUCACUAAAAGACAUGGGGAAGACGGAGAUUGAACGACUCAUUGAGAAACUCAUCCAGUUUGGAGGUCUGCAGUUCCGUGCCAUUAAGAACAGGGGUGGAUUUCAUAAUGACUUUGUUUUUCUUGGUCCAAAACAUAGGCAAUACAUGUCUAAAAACUUAAGACUUCCCUUGCAAACUAGAAUAUCGACGUCGCCAGCCGCAGCUUCACGUAAAAGCACAAAAAGCAAAGCCAAAAAGCAAGCACCGCCACCGUCUACAUUACUUACCUCGCCAAUAACUCAAAGUCAAAGCCGCUAUAGUAGAAAGGGUAAAGAACGGCACGUUGAAGAUGAGGAUAUAAGUGAUGCCGAUUUUCAUCCAAGCACCUACCCACAGCACGACCCUCCUGCUUCCGACAGUGUUGAAAGCUCAGAGGAGGAGGAUUACUUCGAGCCGACGAGGGGAAGCAGUAGAACAAUGCGCGGCGUUAGACAAACUAGUCGCAUUGGGCCACCAAUCACGGUCGAUGAGGAAAUGAAGAUGCUAGAUCCAAUACAUAAAGAAGUCGUGAUUGCUUUCGUUCGGGAUGCCAAGAUGCUGGAAGAAGCUCUUAGGAACAAGAACAAUCACAGAAAGCCCUAUUUCACAGAGUUUGAGUUCAGACGGAUGGCAAUUCGCUGGACGACAAAUACUACUCUGAUGUCACAAAUACCUGGAAUCGACGAAAAUAAUGUAGCUUCGUAUGGCAAGCGAUUUUUGAAGUUAUUAGAGGAGAAAAGAUUGCAUUAUAACGAGAUGAUGGAUCCACAUUUCAAGACAGAUAAGAACCAUCUAAUAGUAAACUUGGUGAGCGAAGACGAGGAGAGUGGAAUGGAAGAUGAAUACGGAGCCCAUCCAGAAGGGCCGUCCCCGUACUUUCAAGUCGAUCCAGCAGUGCAAGCAUUCAAUGAGCGAAUGGAGAUGGCAGCCCAAGUUCCAAGGACUCAACCAACACAAGCUGAAUCAUCUAAAAAAUCAUAUCAAAAAGGCUCUAAUGAUUACAAGUCAAAACCUCGAUUUAACAGCAGGCGAAAAAGUGGUGGUUCGACGUCAAGUAGGGCAGGGUCAAGCAGUGGUGUUACAAAGAAGCGAGCACCUGCGAGCAACAGAAAACCCAACACUGCGCCGAAGGGAUCAAUAAUGGCUCAGUAUGGUAGAAGUAGUGGUGGUGGCGGUGGUAGUGGAAUAAAUCCCAUGCCAACUUGA